AUGUUCAAACCUGGACAGGCAUCUGCGGGAACUGGAUUUGCGGCCGCGCCAGCAGCGACUGCGGGGAAAAGUGCUUCUUCUGGCUUUGGUGGGUUCGGCGCAAACACCGUCACGACGGGUGGGUUUGGCGGGAAUUCCACCGUUGGAUUUAGCGGAUUUGGUGCUGCCAAGGGCUUCGGCACUGCAGCGGCUAUUGGGGGCCAGGCGCAGGUGCCCUCGUACAAGGGCAUAAAGGGUCCGGGCUUCUCCACCGACUGGGCGCGGAGUGUCAAUUUCUCCACUUUUCGUGAUGAUGUAUUGUUUGAAGAGUUGCCUCCGCCAUUGCAGCAGCACUUAAUGGAGCUGCACAACUUCAUUCAGGCGGAGCACGACGCAAAGCGAUUUGUUGAGAGUUUCUUGACAGACUCAAUAGGAACCAGUGCCGGUGAUUCUUCAAGCUAUAUGGAACUGCAGAAGAAACUUGUUCAGCUCACGGCAGGUGAUAAUGCCGUGGAUGCGAUUCGCGUGGACUGCUUUGAGCGGGAGGUUCAGGGGCAACAUCUCGGCAUGCUGUUGGAGAACUGUGAGGAGGACGUUGUUCAGUACUCAAAGCACGUCUGGGAGCCAUUGGCGGAACAGGACUUUACGCAGCGGUUGGGUGGUAAUCGAGCAGAGCUUCCCUCCGAGCCUUUUCAGUGCUGUCUUCGCGAAGUUCAGACUCGGAUGGAAGAGAUGUCUGCGGUCCUGACGGAAUUAGAGCUCGCUGUUUUGCCCAACGCUCAACGACAGAAGCGCACGACGAAUAAUGACAAAAACACGUCCAAUACAACUAAUACAGAACCUUCGGCAUCACAUUUUUCACGAUACACUGCAGAGAUGAAGCCACUCGAUACUGCGACCGGGCUACGGCCUACAAUAGCUUCCCAUCCGGUCGUUCAAAUGAACACGACUCUCAGCAAUGAGUUGGCCACCCUCCUGAAUUUGGCUGCGUGGACUUCGCGACUGCAUGCAAGGGCAGAUGCCGCCCGGGAUCUCUUUGUCCAUUUGUAUGGAUCUUCUGAAGCCGAGGUGUUGCUUGCCCAGCAACAGUGGCAGAUGCCCGUGGGGCCCAAAAGGCCAUUUCCUUUGCGCUCAGCUGAAGCAUCUUCUUUUUCAGAACCUAACCACGAUACAAUUGGGGACAUUCAUAGACGUUCUGUCGGUCUGGAUCGCUUGGGUGCCCUUAGCAAUGGGGAGCGAAGAAUGCAAUACGAUGUGUUACUUGAGCGUCAGCGACAGGAUUCCGCCCCGGCGUCUGUUGGUACCAACACCACUGGGUUUGCUGCCCCUGUUGCCCCUGCCGCAGCUGUUGCUGCCACUGCUUCAGCUGUUCCUACUUUGGCAGGGACAACCGCAGGCACAACCACAACCACAGCUAGCACUGCUGCUGCUGGUUUUGGCGCGUCAGCUCCACCUGCGACUGGAACUGGGGGUACGACUGCAUUUGGGGCUCCGCUCGGUACGGCUAGCUCUACCAGGACUGCAAAUAAAAAGGGCCGUGUAUGA